AUGGAUCAUGGAGACGACAUACACAGUAUCCGCAGGGAAAAAACAAUACUGCUUGCUUUCCUCCGUUGUAUAACAGGCCAGCUUGCAGUGAAAAGUGAGGUGUUGUUGAGUGUCACCUCCAAUGACGCGCACAGCGAGCCUGAGGCCGAUAAAGCUGCAAGUACUUCUGCAUACUGCACGCAUUCAUAUAUGAUUGCAAACUCAAAGGCGAAUACCGACGUGCGACCCAUUCGUGAUCGCGAUCCUUACGACGGCAUGUCCCCCGUGAAGUCUCUCGCCAUGGAGCAUAAGACCAUACGAUCGCAUUGGCCUUGA